AUGGCGAUGGGUACUGGUAGGAUAUGUAAUGCUCUGCAUGGGUUGAAGCCAGUGUUGUUAAUGGUGGUGGUUCAGUUUGCAUUUGCAGGAGUUAAUAUUCUCUACAAACUGGCCGCUAACGAUGGAAUGAACUUAAGGAUUCUUGUUGCAUAUCGCUUCAUUUUUGGAACCGCCUUCCUUCUUCCUAUUGCUCUUUUCAUUGAAAGGAAGAACAGGCCAAAACUCACAUGGAUGGUACUCCUGCAAGGAUUUUUGUCUGGCUUGUUCGGUGGAUCGUUAUCACAAAAUUUGUACAUUGAAAGCUUAGCCUUAACAUCGGCCACAUUUGCUUCUGCCAUAUCCCAACUCAUCCCAGCUAUUACCUUCAUCUUGGCCAUCACCUUCAGGCUGGAGAAAUUGAAUUUGAGAAGCCUAACAGGGAAGGCGAAGGUGUUGGGAACAUUAAUGGGAAUAGGUGGAGCAAUGCUUCUGGCCUUUUAUGAGGGUGUGGAAAUCAAAAUAUGGUCCACGCAUGUUGACCUUUUACAUACAAGUCAGCAACAACACAGCCACUUGGCAUCAUUACCGCAUAGAGAUUCUGGUGAUCGACUAUUGGGUUGUCUACUGGCCUUCGGAAGCUGUAUUUGUAACGCUAUAUGGCUCAUUAUCCUGACUAAAAUGAGUGUGACAUACCCUUGCUAUUAUUCAAGCACUGCUUUAAUGUCAGCAAUGGGGUCAAUCCAGGCCGUUGGUUUUGCCCUCUGCAUGGAGAGGGGGUGGAGCCAAUGGAUGCUAGGGUGGAACAUUAGGCUUCUAACAGCGGCAUACUCGGGAAUUAUGGUCACUGGGCUAUGUGCUACAUUUAUUUCUUUGUGCAUAAGCAUGAGGGGCCCUUUGUUUGUAUCUGUUUUCAACCCUCUUAUGUUGGUGCUCAUUGCCAUCGUUGGGUCUUUGGUAUUAGAUGAGAAGUUGCAUCUUGGAAGCGUUUUGGGAGCAGUGUUGAUAGUGUGUGGCUUAUAUGCGGUGCUGUGGGGUAAGGGCAAAGAAAUAGAGAAGAUGAGUCAUUUAGUACCGUCAACAAGCUUUCAUCAUCAGGAUUCUGGCUCAAUUGAUAUUGUGAUAAUGCCUCCAGAUAACAAUAAGGUCAACAGCAACAACAUCGAGAGCCCUACAAAUAACAAUGCUUCAAAGGCUACUAGUUCUGCGGUCAGCAUGAUUCAUUGAUUCAAGGAGAGGGGAAGAAUAAAAGAGACAUUUAAAAAUCGAACUAGCAAAAACAAGUGAUAAAGGCAUUUAUAAUUUAGAUUAUCUUUGGACGACAUUGUAUAUAAAUAUUCAUAUACAUGUAUGCAGUCCAACAUUCUAGCGGAUAGGAUGUUGAGUUUCUACUCAAGCG